CACAUACCGGGGUUAUCAUGGCCCGUGCUGUAUGUGACCCACCCCGCGAGGCUGCAACAAUUUUUUGAAGCUCCUAAAGCUCUCCCACCUAACGGAAAGUUAUCGAGGGUCAAGUGUUGGCGAUUUUCGAGGCGAAUAAACUUCCCCAACUCCCUCGACCAAAUUUUACCUCUUUUUAAACUGCUUCCUUCACUCGCCAUAUACACUCCGCCAAAAUGUCUUUCGGAGGUCAAACCCCCACUAUCAUCGUCCUGAAAGAAGGGACCGAUACUUCUCAGGGAAAAGGUCAGAUAAUAUCAAAUAUAAAUGCCUGCCAAGCCGUUCAAGCGACCAUCAAGUCGACUCUGGGACCCUACGGUGGUGAUUUAUUAAUGGUGGACGAAAAUGGAAGGCAGACUAUUACCAACGAUGGCGCAACAGUGAUGAAGCUCCUCGAUAUUGUACACCCUGCUGCCCGAAUCCUCGUCGAUAUCGCAAGAUCACAAGAUGCUGAAGUCGGUGACGGAACGACAUCUGUAGUCGUUCUUGCUGGCGAGAUACUCAAGGAAGUCAAGGAACACGUUGAGCAAGGUGUUAGCUCCCAAAUAAUCAUCAAGGGUUUACGGAAGGCUUCGACGAUGGCGGUCAACAAGAUCAAAGAGAUUGCGGUGAGGACAGACGAGUCUACCAGGCGGGAUACCCUAGCGAAACUAGCGGCCACGGCUAUGACGAGCAAGCUGAUCAAGAAGGAUACUCCCUUUUUUACGAAGAUGGUUGUGGAUGCUGUCCUAUCGCUAGACCAGGACGACUUAAACGAGAAGCUUAUUGGUAUCAAGAAGAUCCCCGGCGGUUCCCUUACUGACUCCCUGUUCGUCAACGGAGUAGCUUUCAAGAAGACAUUCUCGUAUGCUGGUUUUGAGCAGCAGCCCAAGUCUUUCAAGAAACCCAAGAUCGUCUGUCUGAACGUCGAGCUGGAGUUGAAGGCUGAGAAGGACAACGCCGAAGUACGAGUCGAGCAAGUUUCAGAGUACCAAGCAAUCGUCGACGCCGAGUGGCAGAUCAUCUACAAGAAACUGGAAGCCGUUUACCAAACAGGCGCCAAAGUGGUGCUCUCUAAACUACCUAUCGGAGAUCUGGCAACACAGUACUUUGCUGAUCGGGACAUAUUCUGUGCUGGCCGUGUCGCUUCCGAAGAUAUGGAACGAGUAGUUCAAGCCACUGGCGCUACCAUACAAUCAACCUGCUCCGAUAUUCAAUCCCACCACUUAGGCACGUGUGGUUCCUUCGAUGAACGCCAGAUCGGCGGUGAGCGCUUCAACUUCUUCGAAGACUGCCCAGAGGCCAAGACAUGCACUCUAGUCCUUCGCGGCGGUGCUGAACAAUUUAUCGCCGAGGUCGAGCGGUCCUUGCACGAUGCCAUCAUGAUCGUGAAGCGCGCCAUCAAAAACCACAUGAUCGUUGGUGGUGGCGGUGCCUGCGAGAUGGAGAUAUCCGCAUACUUACAUCGUUUCGCGGACAAAGAUGUUCCGCAUAAGCAACAGGGCAUCAUCAAGUCUUUCGCUAAAGCUCUUGAGGUUAUUCCCCGCCAACUAUGCGAUAACGCUGGCUUUGACGCAACCGAUAUCUUAAAUAGACUACGCGUGGAGCACCGCAGAGGCGGUGUCUGGGCUGGCGUCGAUUUCGUGAACGAGGGUGUUGCUGACAUGAUGGAACGGUUCGUCUGGGAACCAGCUCUUGUCAAGAUUAAUGCCAUACAGUCAGCUACUGAGGCCAGUUGCUUGAUCCUAGGUGUAGAUGAGACCAUCCGGAACGAAGAAAGUGCCCAACCGCAGGCGCCGGGCCAGCCGCUGCCGCCAGGAGCAGCACAGAGGGCGAUAAGAGGACGAGGAAGGGGUAUGCCGCGACGGUAAACAUAUAUUAGGGUCGACGAUGCAUUAGGGGCGCGAUAAUGUACCUAUGAUACCUGAAAAGCUACGUGCGGGUGCUUUAUUCCAUAGAUGAUGUAGGAAUAUUUACCGCACGAAUAAAUAAAAGACCGUCUAAUGAAGAAUGUUCCUGAAAUCGGUUUGACAGCCUAAAUCUAACCUCAGGUAACGGGUACCAGAGCCUACCCCCUUUUUCCUCUGCUAUUUACG